AUGCAUUCUCACCUACACACCUCUUACAAUGCCAAUUGCGAAGAGAUCAUGACUGCUCUCGACGAGUGUCACGCCAAAGGAUUCCUCCACAAAGCUUUGGGCAAUUGUAACGAUAUCAAGGUCGACGUGAACAAAUGCCUAUCCGCAGAGCGAUACCAGCGCGCAAAGCGCAACCGAGACGAGGCGCGCAGCAACCGCCGGCGUAUUGAGGAGAUCCGGGCCAAAGAGCGCGAGCUUGAUCAAGGGCCUGCUGUACCGGCGGCGGCGGCGAAUGUUGCUGCGGCGGCUAAUGCCAGUACUGCGAAGCAAUAG